AUGAACCAAACCGAUGUCCUAGUGAACUGGUUGAGAGUUAAUGAUCCAAAAUCGCUUGUAACAAAGGCAAAGGAUGAAAUGGAUGAUGGUGAUGCAUUUGAAGUUGUUGAUGAAGAGUCCGGAUUAUUGAUAGAAUACUUGGCGGCAAAUAGGGCCUCGGAGGAUUUAAUAUAUGCAUUGGACAAAGCGAGCAAUCCUAUAUCAUGCUUGCAACUCCAGUCUGAGCCACCAGCGGGUACAAUCAAGCUUAUAAAAUCAGAUGGGCUAGUGAAGAUCUAUGACAGGCCAAUCCAUGUUUCAGAGCUAAUGGUAGAGUUUCCAAAACACUUGGUUUGUCAUUCAGAUUCAUUCUAUAUAGGUCAAAAGAUCCCAGCUCUUUCUGAGAGCGACCAGCUUCAAUUAGGCCACAAGUACUUUCUUCUACCUAAACAUUGUUUCCAAUCUGUACUGUCCUUUGUCACUAUAGCUUCCUUUACCAGCCUGUCAUUACAGCCUCAACCAUCAUCUUCAAGAAAUGCGUUUCUAAAAAGGGCUGCUACUUGCCAACCUUUUGAUAUUCAAAAAUCUCCAGAUGGGUGUUUGAGGAUACGUGUAUCAGAUGAGUUUAUAUCACAAUUAAUGGAGGAAGGUAAAGUCAUGGAGAGUGAAGAAGAUGGGAGUUCAAGAAAUUGUAAACCAAAAAGUAAAGUAUGCACUACUCCUCAGUUACAGAAGGAUUACACGCAGCUUGUUGGGUCACGCCAAUGGAAACCAAAGUUGGAGACAAUAAAAGAGAACGAAAAGAGAAGGCUUUCUUCUUCAUUUGGAAUGAAGAGAAGGAAGAAAUCUCAGUCUAAAGUGACCCCAAAGAGUACUCAUAGAUCAUCGUCAGAACAACACCUUCACUCAACAUCUACCAAUCAUAACAAGUCUUCUCUAAAAGCCAAGAUCAAGAUUAAACCAAGAAAGUGA